GGAUCUUCAAAAGAUGGCAAAAAUAAUUACAAUUCAUUUUCUGAUAUUACUUAUAUCAAUAAAAGUGCUUCAGGACAAAUUUGCAGUAUAGAUGUAUCAUUGAAAGAAAUUAUGAAAAAGACAAAAAGAGAUAAUAAACAUAAUGCCAAAAUAGCUUCAUCAUUAACAGAUUUUGAUUCGGCUGACCGAUUUAAUACCAAUAGAAUUAUAGGGCCUACUACACCUCCUAAAUUAAAUAUCAUCCAAAUGUAUUUCCCUUUAUUAGAUUCUUUUGGAUAUGACAACAAACAUUGUUAUGGCAAAGAAGUGCUGCGCCUAUGGUAA